GCUGUGAAGUUAAAAACACUACAGUGAAAAUGAGUCAGCAUUUCAGAAAGUCACCUCAUGUGAGCUUCUUCCUUUAGAGGAACAGAGAGGGAAGGACGGACGCCUCUUCUUCCUCCUCUCUUCUUCCUCCUUCUCUUCCUCCUCAGUCUUCACCAGCCCGCCUCUCUCUCAGCUUCAGCCACUCGGUGCCUUCUCCCAUCAUGUCUCCUCUUAUCUGCUCAGGGAUUUUCGCCAUUCUUCUCGUUGCUUUGACUGCAGCAGAGGAAGUUCAACACCUGACAAAGAAGACUGGUGAAAAUGUCACCUUUGACCUUGGGGUCCAAGAUCUGAAACAUGACGACCAUGUCGUCUGGUCGCACGGUGCCAGCAGCUCUGUGAUCUACAACGUUUACAUCGGAAAGGAUCUGAUCAACCAGCGGAGGAGAUUUGACCUCAGCCUGAGAACCGGCUCGCUCACCAUUCACGCUCUCUCUUCUGGAGACUCUGAUGUUUACCUUGGACAGAUCAUCAACGGCAGAGGAACCAGAAAACGCUUCAACCUGACUGUAGAGGAUCCCAUCCCAGUGACCUCUGACCCCCCUCACAGCAGGGAACCCUGGGUAAUUGCAGUCAUUGUGAUUGGCUGCAUCUUCUGUGUGGGACUCUUUAGUUACGCACUGAAGACAUAUUUCGAGAAGACCAGAGUUAAUCUGACCAGCAGCAGCAGCAGCAGCAGUUUGUGACCAAAGCCAAGAGGAAACUGGUCCACAGAUCAGCUCGGCGCUCCGGGUCGGGACCGGCUGACGGAUCCUUUCUGAAGAACUUUUCCAACUCCGUCUGCUCUGAUCCUUCUUUCCCACAAAUGUUUCUCCAUUUUAAAUCAGAACUGAUAUUAGAAGUAGUAGAACAAUAAGUUAGUAAAGUUUUGUUUCUAAAGCACAUUUUCACAAACAGCAGUCAGAAAAUUCUUCAAAGGAAACAUAAAUACAAUACAUUCAUCAUUUUAUUUUCAUAAACUUGUACCAGAAAAGAAGUGUAUUUUUAAUACAUUUAUACUUCUUCUCUGCCUUCAACAUGUUCCAUCACUUCAUUUUUAUUGUUACUCCUUGGGAAAAUGAACUUUUAGAUGUAGCAUCUUCAGUUUCUUCUUCUUUCUGUGAACUAAGACUUGAUGUUGGUAAAGAUGAAGCAGAUCUUCUGGGAUCCCUCAGGGCUUUGUGUGUGAACCGGCUGUAAGCUCAGAGCUGGUGAAAUAACACAGGACUGGAAAUAAUCUGCUACUGGAAGAUAUUUUUAAAAUGUUUGAUGACAGACGGGUUUGGCUGGAGUUUAACUAACAGAACAGUUCAAUCAAUAGAUGGUCAGGAAAAGGAGCAGCAAUAUUUAUUUACUUCCUGUUUCUGCCCUUUGACCUCUGACCUCAGUUUCUGAUCCGUUUCACUGCUGAUGAUCAGUUUAAUAAGGAUGUAACUGUUGGAUUUUCAGCACGCCUUGGGUCAGACUGUCCUGCAGGCAGAACGAUCUGGAACAGUUCUGCCUAUUCCAGACGGGAAUAUCGGGAAUAAAUAUUCCUAUCUGGAAUAGAUAUUAGACAUGUAGAACCUAAUUUUAGCUUUUAAAAGAACCUACAGAUAGGUUCUUUUAAAAGCUAAUUUUAGGCCUUAUUGGUAUAAAUUAUGUCCUAUAGAGGAAAAUCUGUGUUUAAAGACAAAUCUGUUUGUUUUAUUGACCCAGAAAUGGACCAGGACCAGAGGACCAGGAACAGGAGCUCCUGCUUUACAGACUUUAGAUCAACAUUGGAUAAUUUUUCUUCUUUUGCUCUUUGGUUUAUUUUGUUUAUAUUUACUUUUAAUUCCUGUAAAGUAUUUUAAAUUGCCUUGUUGCUGAAAAUGUGCUAUAUAAAUAAAAUGACCUUUAGCUGAUGAACAGAAAAACUUCUCUUUUUCUGUAAAAAGAGUUUUUCUCUCCUCCAGUAAACCGAUCAGAUGGGUUUUUAAACAGUUUUACCUUAUAAUGUUCUGGUCCAGGUUUCAGGUUCUGAUCCGGUCCACAUAUCUGAAUAAAACCAUUUUCCUUCCAGAAUCACGUCGGUAUCAGGUUCCUGCGAUGCCUCAUCUGUGUUCUUGGUCCUGGUGUCUCAUCGUCUCCCAUGGAGCCUCUCUGGGGUUCGGGUCAGGAAGGGGUACCACUGUUGCCAUGGUGACUAAAGAAAUGUUGGUACUUUGGGCACCAGAUCAGCCUCUGAAUAAAGUUUGUGAGCAGAAGGAAGCAUGAAGGUUCUGGUAGACGCUGCGUUGAUGGUGGACUUCAGAACCCAGUGGACCAGAACCAGCAGUUGUCAUGGUGACCAAGAUCAUCUCUGACUGGACUGGGUCCUGAUCCUCUCCUCUCUUCCUUUGGAACCUUGAUUUACAAAUAAAAACUUUAUUUUAUGAAAAGAAAACUUUGGAUCAUUACACAGCUCUCUCCUUUUUCCUUUUUUGGACAUUUUCUUCCACUCAACUUUCCGGUGUCAGUAUGCUUGGGCACAGCAGGUUCGUUAGCUGCUGUAGUUCUGAUGUUUUGUUACUUUUUCAGACGUUUUGGAUUUUCAUCAGCUGAAAAAUGUAAUCCUGACAGUUAAAGCUAAAAUUGGUCCCUGUGCAGUAAAACUUUUCCACUUUCUUCACUUGGCUGUUGAAGUUCAGCUUUUCAAAAACAAACACCUUUAAAUCUGGGAAAAGUG